GCGCUCCUGUGUGCAUAUACGUGUGAGUGAGUGUGUAUUUACGUGUGUGUCUGUGUGAGUGUCGCGCCGGUGGUAGGGCCGGCCAGCCGAGCUCGCCAGCCAGUCUGCCUGCCGCGCGGAGCGGAGUCAGUUCGAUAGGCGAGCGCACCCGGGCAGCAGCCAGUCAGUCCUCCGGCGCGCUCGCCGCCGCACGCACGUCGCCGCGCGCGCGCACCCACACAUACACACACACCCGUACACACUGAGACGCACUCGCAGCGGAGCGACGGGCGCACAACCCGUCGUGCGGGCACGCGGUCAGAAAACGGAGGAGUCCGGCAGCAACCUGAGCUUGGGCGCAGCAGGCAGCAGCAGCCAGCCAGAGAGAGCCGAGCCGGACCGACGCGGGUGUCCACCGUAAAGCGAAGCGAAGCAUGUGGUCCCGAGCCCGGCGCCACUGCCGAAGCUCCUCCGCGUGCGACCUCCAGAAGAGCUGCGACGCCCGCCCGCGCUGGCAGAACGGCCGCUGCCGCUGCCACUGCCACAGCCGCCGCCGGGCCCGCUGCGACCUGCUCCCGCGGCCGUCGCGGCUGCAAGCGCCCGCCGCCGCCCUCGCACUCGCCGGCUGCGCGCAAUCUUAACGACAGUGUGCCGCUCUAGAUAGCUCGAAAUUGUUCCCUCCUGCCUCCACGCAACAACAACAUCAACAAAAACAAGCGGCAACCGGACAGUAGACGGCUUUCCCCCCCUCCACUGUAGCUUCGACAGUACCGCUCAGCACACACCGAAUACAGGAGCAGUUCUCCCGUGGCCGAGGCGACACUUCCCUCCCCGUACGCGCGUUGUAAUUGUGCGAGUGCUAAUUGUAGACUAGUUUAGUUGAAUCGUAACGGAGUAUUUUUCUACCUGUUAAGACUAAUUUGACUGAUUUUCCCCCCCUCAAGGUAACACACACGCUUCGUUGCAUUUGUUCUACUGACAGCGCGGUGUCGUAAAACUUCACAUUAAAUCCACGGUGUGCACACUGUUCUCGAGUGAAACGCGCUCCGACUCUGCCGUUACGGACUGUUUAGUGGUAGGUGCGUAUUCGCGUUAUUUAUCCCGUCGUUCACUUCGUACAAACUGCGCGGAACUGUUGUUGCAUAUUUAUCAUAUAAACUCCCUCGUCUAGUGAUAGCUAUAGAAGCGACUGAGAACGUGUGCAAGUAACCGUGGUUAGGCAAGCCACAGUCCAGGCGAAGUGCCGUAACAGUCCGACGCACCGCAGCCGACGGCACGUCCGUCUUGGAGACCAAUUACCACGCAGCAUCAAGACAGCGAUCGCCGUUCCCAGUAUUUGCUAAAUGAAGAAGAGACAGAAAAACAUUGUCAAAAAGAGAUCUCUGUGAGAGACAAUGGAGAAAGACAGAGAGUGAGUGAGACAGCAACAGUGAACACGAAACGGACACGAAGUGGCUAGACUAAGAGACUGGAGAGAGAAUAUCGAGGAGCAGUACAGCUCGCCUGAACUGUGCAUCAGCGGCGUCGAUUUCUACAGUGCUCGCCUGUAAGAAGGACUGUAGAGGGCGUUCACUGGAGCCUGCGGAAACCGACAAGGGCCGUGUGCGGAGCGAGAAGAGAAGAGAACAAGCGCACGUGGGCGUGUGUGCCGCGGUGCAGCUGGCGGUGUCGGCCCGUGCGGCCCUUGGAAAGGAGGACGUUGGCCGACGCUCUCUCCUAUAUGUCGCCACAGUCGCUGUCCAUGGAAGCACUGCCUGGGCUGGCAGUAUUAGUGUUGGUUGUGGCUGUGGUGCUGGCCACUCUGGGCCUGGUGACGUGCGUCGUGAGCCACUACCGAACGACUGGCGGUGGCCUGGGGGGGCGCGCGCGCUCCUGGCACAAGAGUGAGCCACCGCCCCCCGCCCCCGCCGGCCCACCUGUACCUCCACCUGCCCCCAUGGUGGUGGGGAUGGAACGGUUGAGCCGCGAGCUGCGGGACAGACAGGUACGCCUCCACUCAGUGAGUACAGACUUGGAAUUGGGACUGCCACCAAAUAUUGCCUUGCCAGAUGGGGAGGAACUCCCUUAUGGCAGUUCGACACGACUGAAAAUUCGGGACCCGGAGCAGGAGAGUGAAAUCUACCAAAAGUGCAUCCGGCCACCUCCAAACCGAACAGUGUUCGAUGGGGAAUCGCCACCCCCUUAUCGGUCAAGCUCGACAGGUCUCCUCGGAGGUGGUGGGGACUGGGCGUCUACGCAUGUCGUACGAUGCCAUAGCUUGUCAUCGGCAGGUUUGCCAUGUACCACACCUGCUGUUGUGGUUCCAUCCACCGCGUCUGCUGUGGCCACCCGUGCACGGCGACUUUCUGCCUUCUCAGACUCGCCCGUCCCCGUUGCUGUGUCCGAUCUGACACUGGUGCCCUGCCGGACCGAAGGCCGGCGGACUCCGCCAGGGGGCCCAGCGCAGUAGUCUGCAUCGACAGUGUGCUGUCAUGUGUCAUAUGUUUCGGGAUUGUGUGCAGUGUGUGAAUGGGUCAUCUGACACUGAUGCGUGUAAAAAUAUAUAUAUGUGUAUGUAUAUGUAUAGAUUUAGCUAUCGUUUGAGAUCUCAAGGAGGAUGUAAUUCUGAAGGUGACCGAUGUGCAAGAGUGUAAUUGAUGAACAUGUGUAACAUUGUUGAGAGUAGUAGCUGCAUUUGACGAUGUACUGGGAUACAUUACUUUGUGAUAAUAAUAUAUAGUUUGUGGGCUGGUCAGCACACAUUACACAUGUGAUUCGAUAAAUCGUGUGUUAUUACAAUGCA